CGCAAUCAAUGCCUUCCUCUGCCACACCUUCUUUUAUAUAUAUAUAUAUAUAUAUAUCGCUCUCCUGCUUCUAUUCUCAACAGCACCUUUCCUCCUCCUAUUCACAUUAUUGGAUUAUUUAUAUGUGUGUGCACAUCGUUCCUCUCUUUAAUUUACACAAAACAUUCACAUCUCUCUCUCUACCCCCUCUGUCCUCUAGAGCCCCUCCCUCUCGUUCAGUGUCCAGGGCAAGCUCGAGAAGAGAAGAAGAUCAUGACAGCAACCCAGUUUUCUGAGAGAUCAACAAUGGAGAUGGAAUCUGGUGUUCCUCCGGGGUUCAGAUUUCGUCCGACAGAGGAAGAGCUCGUAGGGUACUACCUCAAGAGGAAGAUAAACUCGUUAAAAAUCGACCUAGAUGUGAUUGCAGAGAUCGAUCUCUACAAGAUUGAACCAUGGGACAUCCAAGAAAGAUGCAAGAUGGGGUACGAGGAAGAGAAAGAAUGGUAUUUUUUCAGUCACAAGGACAAGAAAUACCCAACAGGAACGAGAACAAACAGAGCGACGGCAGCAGGGUUCUGGAAAGCAACAGGUAGGGACAAGGCAGUGAUGUCGAAGAAGAACAGAAUCAUUGGCAUGAGGAAGACCCUUGUCUUCUACAAGGGACGUGCUCCUUAUGGCUCCAAGACCGAUUGGAUUAUGCAUGAAUUUCGCCUCCAAACCUCCCACACGCUCCUCCUCAGGAAGAAGGAUGGGUAGUGUGCCGAGCAUUCAAGAAACCUAGUCCUACUCAGCACAGACAGAGUUUCGAAUGUUGGGGUAACCAAACACACAUUUUAGGGACCAAUUAAGCAAUAGUGCAAGACCUCAUCAAUCUCUAUCAUUCACCAACGAAGCCCUAAAUCAGGUGCUUUAUCCAAGUAAUGAAGGACCAAGUUUUAGCCAUCCCUUCACUUCGAAUCACCACAACCAGCAGUUUCCGUCAAACGAUGUCGUUUUCGAUGACAGCAACAACAACCUGCAGCUUGUUGAGCUCGUUCCACAGCUCGAUAGCCCCACGGCUUCCCUACAAGCUCGAGCAGUGAAACAAAAUGGCCUCGCAAGUGAAGGCAGUUACAGUCAAGAAAGGACCAAUAAUAACAACGUUAACGACGGCCAAGGCAUUGAUUGGAAGAGCUUCGAUAGCUUGUUCACUUCCCAGUUCACAGAUGAUACUGCCGCCGCUUCUUAUUUUUCUCAUCAAAACAUGCCCUCGAGUCAUGACCUACAAGCAUUACUACCUCAAAAUCAUCAAGCUAGCCAUGUCCUGGGAUGCUUUCCUGAUUCAUAACCAGCACGCCUCUGGUGCAUGAAAAUAAUAAGUCCGAUUAUUAGCUACCAAAAUGGUGGAUUUCAUCAUAAUAAUCUUCAUUAUGUUAUAUAAAAUAUGUAGUGUUGUCCAGAAAAUGGAAAGCCUGAAGGUCUUUUUAGGAGAAAACCUUUGGCCGGAAAAUUUUCUCCACGUAUAAAAGGAUUGAGAUUCCUUGAAAAAGUGAAUUUCUACGGAGUCUAAAGAAUUUGAAUAGAAACUUCUUGGACUUUUACUUUUUCUAAGUUUGACUUUUCAGUGUCAAUGUUUCUGUCAUCUACAAAUGUAUAUUCUCUUUCUUGCUUGCAUUAACAGUGGUUGUGUUUUAGUGGAGAAGCCAUUUUAUUUUGAUA